AGGAGCUGCGCAGCCAUGGCCGCCGCCGGCAGGGCCCGGGUCGCACAUUUGCUGAGGCAACUGCAGAGCGCAGCAUGCCAGUGCCCAACUCAUUCUCAUACUUACACCCAAGCUCCUGGACUUUCACCUUCUGGGAAAACAACAGAUUAUGCCUUUGAGAUGGCUGUUUCAAAUAUUAGAUAUGGAGCAGGAGUUACAAAGGAAGUGGGCAUGGACCUUCAAAACAUGGGUGCUAAAAAUGUCUGCUUGAUGACAGACAAGAACCUCUCCCGGCUCCCUCCUGUAGAAGUAGUUAUGAAUUCCCUGGUCAAGAGUGGCAUAAACUUUCAGGUUUAUGAUAAUGUGAGGGUGGAACCAACAGAUACAAGUUUCAUGGAGGCUAUUGAAUUUGCCAAAAAGGGAGCUUUUGAUGCCUACGUUGCUGUGGGCGGUAGCUCCACCAUCGACACCUGUAAGGCUGCUAACCUGUAUGCAUCCAGCCCUCAUUCUGAUUUCCUGGAUUAUGUCAACGCCCCCAUUGGGAAGGGCAAACCUGUGUCUGUACCUCUUAAGCCUCUAAUUGCAGUCCCAACUACUUCCGGAACCGGGAGUGAAACAACCGGGGUUGCCAUUUUUGACUAUGAACACAUGAAAGUAAAAACUGGCAUUGCCUCACGAGCCAUCAAACCCACCCUGGGGCUGGUGGACCCUCUGCACACCCUCCACAUGCCCGACCGAGUGGUUGCCAACAGUGGCUUCGAUGUGCUUUGCCAUGCCCUCGAGUCCUACACGGCCCUUCCCUACCACCUGCGGAGCCCCUGCCCUUCAAACCCUAUCACCCGGCCAGCCUACCAAGGGAGCAACCCCAUCAGCGACAUUUGGGCCAUCCACGCGCUGAAGAUUGUUUCUAAGUAUAUGAAGAGGGCUGUCAGAAAUCCUGAGGAUCUGGAAGCGAGGUCUAACAUGCACUUGGCGAGUGCUUUCGCGGGCAUUGGCUUUGGAAAUGCCGGUGUUCAUCUGUGCCAUGGGAUGUCUUACCCAAUUUCAGGUUUAGUGAAGACGUAUAAAGCAAAGGACUACAAUGUGGAUCACCCACUGGUGCCUCACGGCCUCUCUGUGGUGCUCACCGCCCCCGCGGUGUUCACCUUCACGGCGCAGGUGGAUCCCGAGCGGCACCUGGAGACGGCAAAAAUACUGGGAGCCGACAUCAGUACUGCCAGGGACCAAGACGCUGGGCUUGUCUUGGCAGACACACUUCGGAAAUUCUUGUUCGACCUAAAUGUUGAUGAUGGCCUGGCUGCCAUUGGAUACUCCAAGGCUGAUAUCCCUGCCCUAGUGAAAGGAACCCUACCCCAGGAACCACCAGUCCCGAAUCCUUGAUCAAACACCACAGCCAUGCUGGAGACAGCAAAGAGCACCCCUGUGUAUAGAGGUUCCAACUGCCAGGGCCGGGCAACGGGCAAGAAAAAAUUAAUCUUCGAAGCUGGAUUUCUGAAACCUCUGGAAAGAAACAUUUAUAUUUCAAAUCAAAACAUUUCAUUACCAAGGAGCGCUGUCUACCAAAAUGAGAACUUCCACUCCCUGGCAGACCGGCCAGCUGAAAUGUUGUUAUUUUAUGGAUGUGCUAAAAGUAGUCGUCUGAAUUUAUUUCAGUGCCCAAGUUAAUCAGUCGUCCUUCGUCUUACAUGUCAAUAAAUAAUAGCACAUUGCUGAACUGCCAUCUGAGGAAGUUUCACUUUUAUAUGAUACAGUUGAUGUGUGUAGGAACAAAUCCAAAACUUCAAGUCCUUGCCCCGUUUAAGCCACUGGAGUUAAAAAUGUAAAAGAGAAACUCAGCUCGGGCUUGGCCUUGCAGUACUUCUAAGAGCUCUGAGCUACUUCAGUGAAGAUCAUUUUAACAGGAUCAUCUCAAGGGGCUGUGGGCUGUCAGAUGAGACACUCCCCUAUUAUAAACAGAAUAGUUUGGCAAUAACCUUCAUCCAGAGCAGACCCUGAACUUCAGUAUUUUACUCUGCCACAAGCACAUACAUAGGUUACCAUAAACAAGUCUCUGCUUUGCUACGGAUUUUCAAAAUCCUUUAGGGCCUCUGAAAGAUCUGCUGAGAUUUCAAAAUUUACUGUUGCCUCCUCUAUACUCGUCGGUAUUGUCCCUAACCUUCUAUUCCCUUCUGUCCAUCGGUCCAUGCUUCCUUCCGUUCAUUCACCCUUUCACUUAACUAUUUAUUGAGACCUCCUAUAUAUACUAGGUGGUACACAGAAUACGCUGGGGAGGAAAACAAAGUUCCUUUCCUACCUCAUGGAGCGUACGUUCUAUUGGAGGGAGACUGUCAAAUAUACUAAAAAGAUGAGAUAUCGGUGAGAUCAUUUAGGACAAUGAUUAAUGGUGGGAAGAAAAAAACUGAGUCGCUGGAUAGUGAUUCGGCAUGGGGCAGUGGGGAGGCAUCUUUGUGAGGGUGAUCAGGGAAGGCUUCUCUGACCCGGUGGGAAGAUCUGGGGAAAGCAUUCGGGCAGGGGGUUGGCAAGGGGAGGGACCCUAGGACAGGGUCGAGUUCACGUUCAUGGGACUGAAAGGGAACACGGGGCUCCGUGGGUAAGCCAGUGGAAGGCAGAGUUAGAGCCGGGCAAGAAACCGGGCCAGCUCAGGCCAGGCAGGUGUUAGAGGCUGCGGUGAGAGGUUUGCGUUUUGUUCUCUUUGGCCUGGGAGGUCAUUGGAGAGUGUUAGGCAAGGGAAUGGUAGGAUCAGAUUUACACUGGAGGAUCACUCUGGCUGCCUGCUGAAGGGAGAAUGAACUAUAGGGGACAAGAGUGGAGCAGAAAUGGAAAGAGAGAGCACUGAGGAGGCCACUCAAGUAGAACAGACAAGGAGGCUGGUAACAAACUCACACAGUGGAACAGGAGGUGAUAGGUGGACGGAUGUGGGGCUCAUUUUGGAGGCAAGUAUGACAGACUUGCUGAUGGAUUGAAUGUGUAGGCAAGGCUGAAAGGGGAAUCAAGAAUGAUGCCCAGGUUUUUACCUGAGUUACUGGGCAUCAUUUCCGAGAUUAGGAAAAUGAGAUGGGGAGGCAG